AUGAUGAUGAUGAUGAUGAAAGAGAUCUUCGAGCCAUACAUCGGCAGUAUAAUGAUGAUGAUGAUGAUGAAGAAAGAGAUUGGAAAUCAGCAUUAUAAUGAUUAUGAUGGUGAUGAUGGAAACCGCCAUUAUAAUGAUUAUGUUGGUGAUGAUGGAAACUGCCAUUAUAAUCACUAUGAUGGGUUUGAUGGAAAACGUCAUAAUAAUGAUUAUGAUGGUGAUGAUGGAAAUCGCCAUUAUAAUCAUUAUGAUGGGUUUGAUGGAAAUCGUCAUUAUAAUGAUUAUGAUGGUGAUGAUGGAAACUGCCAUUAUAAUCACUAUGAUGGGUUUGAUGGAAAACGUCAUAAUAAUGAUUAUGAUGGUGAUGAUGGAAAUCGCCAUUAUAAUCAUUAUGAUGGGUUUGAUGGAAAUCGUCAUUAUAAUGAUUAUGAUGGUGAUGAUGGAAACUGCCAUUAUAAUCACUAUGAUGGGUUUGAUGGAAAACGUCAUAAUAAUGAUUAUGAUGGUGAUGAUGGAAAUCGCCAUUAUAAUCAUUAUGAUGGUGAUUUUGAUGGUGAGCAUUGUGAUUUUGAUGGUGAUGAUUAUGAUUAUGAUGUUGAUUUUGAUGGUGAUCAUUGUGAUUUUGAUCGUGAUCAUUGUGAUUUUGAUGGUGAUGAUGUUGAUUUUGAUGGUGAUCUUUGUGAUUUUGAUGGUGAUCAUUGUGAUUAUGAUGGUGAUGAUUGCGAUUAUGAUAGUGAUGACUGUGAUUAUGAUGGUGAUCAUCAUUAUAAUGAUUAUGACGGUGAUGAUUGUGAUUAUGAUGGGGAUCAUUGUAAUUAUGAUAGUGAUGACUGUGAUUAUGAUGGUGAUCAUCAUUAUAAUGAUUAUGACGUUGAUGAUUGUGAUUAUGAUGGUGAUCAUUGUACUUAUGAUAGUGAUGACUGUGAUUAUGAUGGUGAUCAUCAUUAA